GUAUAAUAUUUCUUCAAAUUGGUGUACAUUAUUUCAAGUCUAGAGAAACAAAUUAUUGAAUUUUAAACAUGCCUAUAGACAUUUUGACAAGUUAAAGUCCACUUGCCACACUUAUUAUAGUAGGAUGGGUAACAAAUCACCGACUGGGUCCCAAAACUUGUCACUUGUAUAUAUGUGUGUACAACGGCCUCACUAUUAACCUUGUCCUGCGGACCAAUUGAAGGCGGAUUUGGUGCUUAGCAUAAUUCGAACUCGAAGUUGGCAAAAGAUUUGCUCAUUUAGUUCAUAAGAAACCCUGAAAGUAAAACCCUCCAAAAACAAUUGUCAUGCCCAAUGACGGUGACAGGUCAAACUCGAUCAAGAUCAUUCAACACUUUGAAAGAUGUCCUUCUGUCGAGUUCCGAGACAUCAGGCAAUCAAUCGCCGAGAAAUCUCAAAAGCUUUAGAAAACUCGACGAUGCAAGAAUAACGUCACCCGAAGCACAUAAAUACUUCCGCAAUCUCCGUCCAGCGGAGAAUCCUUCUCGAUACUCAUGGCGGAGCAUGUACAGUACACAUACCAAGGACGACGAAGCCAGCGAUUACGGUAUCGAGGAAUACUGUGAGCUUCGUCUCAGAGAUCAGUCGGUAACUGGGACAACAUAAAACAGUUGAGGUGAGGACAAAGCACACAUGGAAAGCCUUGCGCUCGAACCCUCCGAGCGAAGGACACACAUGUGAAUAGGUACAUGGGGAUUCCAAGGACAAGCCCGAAGAUCGAUACUCGCUAGCUCGUGAGCCCACCCUCACCCAUCACCAUAUAUCCUCUCGCUCGCUCGCUCGCUCCCUCUCUUCGAUACCGGUCUCAGUCCCGAGGGUCGGAAGAAAGUGUUCUAGAUUCAAGUAUCCAGUCCUGGCUUCCAUGCACCACGCCUAUCCACAUCUGAAUCCAAUUGUUUACACCGGGUCGAGUCAUGCCGAUGUCCCUCCGUCCGUCGUUGAUGAGCCACAUCGUCGACGGUCCAUCAAAUAUUAGGUACAUGCGUGCAGCAGCAGCAUAAUGGAACCUAGACUUCACAUGCCUCGUGUAUUCGAAUACUGUACGCUGCCGCUGCCCACACGAGACUCUAUGGGUGCAGUCCAGGGAAGACCCCAAUCUCGGUACGCCGUGCUGC